AUGCAUUUUUACCCCACCCCACACCUUCGUGUAUUUUCACCCCCCGACUCCAUAUCUUCAUUUUUACCACCCCAAUUCCGUAUAUGCAUUUUCACCCCCACCUCCGUAUAUGCAUUUUUUACCCCCACUUCUGUAUAUGUAUUUUCACCCCCACCUCCGUAUAUGUCUUUUCACCCCAACCUGUAUAUGCAUUUUCACCCCCACCUCCGUAUAUGCAUUUUCACCCCACCUCCGUAUAUACAUUUUCACCCCUACCUCCGUAUAUGCAUUUUCACCCCUACCUGUAUAUGCAUUUUCACCCCCACCUCCGUAUAUGCAUUUUCACCCCCCACCUCCGUAUAUGCAUUUUCACCCCCACCUCCGUAUAUGCAUUUUCACCCCUACCUCCGUAUAUGCAUUUUCACCCCUACCUCCGUAUAUGCAUUUUCACCCCCACCUCCGUAUAUGCAUUUUCACCCCCUACCUCCGUAUAUGCAUUUUCACCCCCACCUCCGUAUAUACAUUUUCACCCUACCUCCGUAUAUGCAUUUUCACCCCUACCUCCGUAUAUGCAUUUUCACUCCCACCUCCGUAUAUGCAUUUUCACCCCUACCUCCGUAUAUGCAUUUUCACCCCCCCACCUCCGUAUAUGCUUUUUUUUUCACCCCUACCUGUAUAUGCAUUUUCACCCCUACCUCCGUAUAUGCAUUUUCACCCCUACCUCCGUAUAUGCAUUUUCACCCCCCACCUCCGUAUGCAUUUUCACCCCCACCUCCGUAUAUGCAUUUUCACCCCCCACCUCCGUAUAUGCUUUUUUCACCCCCACCUCCGUAUAUGCUUUUCACCCCUACCUGUAUAUGCAUUUUCACCCCUACCUCCGUAUAUGCAUUUUCACUCCCACCUCCGUAUAUGCAUUUUCACCCCACCUCCGUAUAUGCAUUUUCACCCCCACCUCCGUAUAUGCAUUUUCACCCCUACCUCCGUAUAUGCUUUUUCACCCCCACCUCCGUAUAUGCAUUUUCACCCCCCCACCUCCGUAUAUGCAUUUUCACCCCUACCUCCGUAUAUGCAUUUUCCCCCCCACCUCCGUAUAUGCAUUUUCACUCCCACCUCCGUAUAUGCAUUUUCACCCCCUACCUGUAUAUGCAUUUUCACCCCCACCUCCGUAUAUAUGCAUUUUCACCCCCACCUCCGUAUAUGCAUUUUCACCCCUACCUCCGUAUAUGCAUUUUCACCCCCACCUCCGUAUAUGCAUUUUCACCCCUACCUCCGUAUAUGCAUUUUCACCCCCACCUCCGUAUAUGCAUUUUCACCCCUACCUCCGUAUAUGCAUUUUCACCCCUACCUCCGUAUAUGCUUUUUCACCCCCACCUCCCUUCUAUCUAUCUAUCUAUCUAUCUAUCUAUACGCACACACACAUAG